AUGACAUCGUGGCGGUCUUUGGAGGUGCCUGGCGCUGUAGCUGUGGCGCUGAGCACGGCUAUGAAAGUUCUCCUAUGGCCUGCGUACCACUCGACGGACAUGGAAGUACAUCGAAACUGGCUUGCUGUUACAUAUUCACUGCCUCUUCGUGAGUGGUACAUUGACGCGACAUCACCAUGGACACUCGACUACCCCCCCUUCUUUGCCUAUUUAUCUUGGAUACUAGCACAGCCUGCGGCUUGGAUCGACGCCCGCAUUGUCGACGUAAAACUUGGGCUCAAUUAUGACGCAUGGUCUUGUGUAGCUUACAUGCGAUCCACUGUGCUCCUCACGGAAAGUGUGUUGGCGUAUGCGCUCUAUCUGCUGUCACAGUGCACCCUGGGUGAAGAGACACAACAGAUUCUCCUACUCAGCGUAUUUUUGCACCCGGGAUUACUGAUGGUGGACCACAUACACUUCCAGUACAACGGCUUCCUUUUCGGCAUUCUCUUCUUGUCGCUGUGGGCCGCACGCACACAACGCCCUCUCGUAUGUGCCCUACUAUUCUCUUCGCUCCUGCAGUUCAAGCAUAUCUUCAUGUAUAUGGCACCGGCGUACUUUGUUUACCUAUUGCGUGUGUACAUGCUGCCUAGUUUACCUGACAAUGUCUCGGCCAUGAGUGCAGCGCUCGAUCGCACUAUUAAACUGGGUUUCGUGACUCUCACACCGUUUUUCGCGAGCAUCGUGCCUUUUGUUUGGGAUGCCAUGCAUGAAAUGUCUUCACCAAGCCAGGUCUUGUAUGCUAUGUACUCGCGUCUUUUUCCCUUCCACCGUGGGCUUAUGCAUGCAUACUGGGCGCCUAAUGUCUGGGCAUUGUAUGCAGCAGUGGAUCGUGUGUUGCUUCGCAUCCAUGGGAAAGAGCUCGCGUCAACGUCCCGUGGCAUGGUCGGCGAUACAGUGCUGGGCAUCUUGCCGAACAUUUCGCCCACCACGUGCUUUGUUCUUGCCCUUACAUUCUCGCUCGUGUAUGUCGUGCCGCUGUGGCGACGACCAACCUACUCGACACUUGUCUCCUGCGUAACUCUCUGUGCGAUGACGUCCUUUGCGAUCGGCUGGCAUGUACAUGAAAAGGCGAUCCUCAUGGCCGCACUGCCAUUCAGUCUCAUCGCACAUCGCAAAUACUCUGACUGGCGAACGUUCCAACUUCUCAGUGCUGUGGCUAUCGUGAGCUUGUUUCCCCUGCUGCAUACACACAAAGAAACACCUAUCAAGCUCAUGUACGCAGCCUUAUGGUACAUACUUGUGUGCCAGACCAUGAUGCGCCGCGUGCUUAGGCCCAUGCCCUCGAACAUGGGCAUCUUCCUGCACGCUCUAGAAACUGCGUACUUGUACGGACUAAGCAUCCUGGCUCUCGUUACGCAGAUCGUUUGGCCGAUCUCCGCCAAUCUUGCUCCAGAGUCGCGCCUCUGGCAAAUGGAGUUCCUUCCCCUUAUGCUCACAAGUGUGUACUGUGCGGCUGGUUUCGUGUACUGCUGGGCACGCCUUUCUGUAACAUAUUUAUCGGAACUACCAACCAUGUAG